GCGCUUAAUAUCACCUUGAUCUUGAAUCGGUAACGUUGUGUCCGGUGUGCGGAGAGAGAGCAGCGGAUCGAACUCCUCCACCUCGGAGAAAUUGACCACCAGUGUCGCGAGGAGCUAUUAGGGAACCGUGUGAAACGUGCUGUCGGAAAGUGUUUUUCCGCUUUUUUUUUGGAACAGUACCGACGCCUGGUGCCAGAGGCCAAAAGUGCGGGGGCGAACGAAUUUUUAGUUUGCGCUGUGAACAAUUAAUAAUUAAUUCGUCCGGUGGAAAGUGAAGCCCAGUGAAACUAUGAUAAGAAAACGGCCGUCGAUAGGGCAGUUGCGGCUAUUGCUGCCUUUGCUGGCGUUGUCCACCGGCAUGUCUCUGGCGCAAGCCGUGAAAGCGGAACAUAAAGAAGCAUCGGUUGAUUCGUCUGCAAUCUUGGAAAGCGUGCUGUGCGUGGUCCGAUCGAAUCCCAUGCAGUGCAUACGAGAGCAAGCCGGCCGCAUGCUGGACAACUGGGAAAACAUCCUCGACGAGAAAAAGCGCGAAAUGAUGGAGGAGGCCGAUGAGGACAUCCAGAAACGAAACGAGCAGCGUGGAUUGAGCGACAACGAUGGCAAGCAGACCAAGCAGUCUCCGUCGAGUCUGAUGUUGCAGAUCGAAGAAGGACUUGACACAAUUUCGGAAUUCGUGUCGGACGGUGUGGACAGCUACGUCUCGACGGGCAAGACGAGCAAAUCCGCUGAGGAGGGCCAACCAAAGAAACACCUGCACCACAUCUUACACAAGCUAGGAAAGCGCAAGGGUAAGAAGAAGAAGACCUACAUGAAGCUGUUCAUCCUGGGAGCCGCACUCAAAGGCAAAAUCGAACUGCUGCUCAAGAUCCUGUCGUUCAAGCUGCAGCUGAAGUUCUUCGCCGUCGCCGUCAUUGGUCUGCUGAUCAACAUUGCUCGCUUCUGGAUUGACCUGAAGAGACAGCCACAGCCACAAAAAGUAAUCUACUACGAGCACGCCCAGCAUCAGCACCAUUACGACGAUCAUGGCGAUGACUACGGUGGCUACUGGAAGCGUUCCCUCCACGGAGUGCACCACGAAGAGGAAACCCCUGGAUUCUUCGACCGGAGCGAUCGUUCCGAUGAUGAGUACACCAGAGGUGCCCACCCACAGCAGCACUACGUUCCGCAGCAGACGCCCAACAGCCCGAGCCACUAUCCAUACGACCCGCACAGCAUGGCGUACCAUCAGCAGCGGCCAUAUGUCUAACCUGAAAGUCCCUGCCAGUCCUUGAAACCAUUUCAACCACCUCUAAUUGUUGUCUCAAUUCUGUUGCUCCUACCAUCAUGACCAUUACCCCCCCUUUCAUCAUCAUCAUCCAUCUCAUCAUUCAUAUGUACAAAUCGUGGCAGAGCCAUUCGUGCCCAAAGCUUUUCCAAACUAAUUAGCAGAACCAGCCAGUCUUCGGACGAACCGUAGAACAUUGUUGUCAUUACCUAUUAGUUUGACGAAAUGUGCAUGCUCUAAAUGCAAGUAGGAGAGUGUUGUUAAUUUGCUAGGUUAAUAAUUUAUUUAUUUAUUUAUUGUCUUGGAUUAUUUAUUUAUUUGCUCCGUAAUUUGUGGACAGUUGACUGGUAACAAACAGGGAUGAACCCUGGUGCGAAUAUAAUGUGCCGUCGGUCGUUUAAGCGCACAACUCGGAAGUAUGAGCGAUAGAGAAAAUUUCUAAUUUGGACAAUAAACUCGAUUGAAAAUAA